AUGUCACACUGUAGAUUUGCGGGGUGUGAUUUCCCAGGUCGAAACAUAAAAGAUUUUGAAGAUAUCAACAAACAUUAUGUUAGUCAUUACAAACAAUGCAUAGUUUGUGUUUCCCCUCUUAUAAAUAUUAAAUCUUUAACAAGUCAUUGUACAACAAAGAAUCACAACAUAAUAAAAGAAACUCAUUUUUUUUUUAUUUUACCAACUAAUCAAAUCAUCAUAAAAACAGUUAACAUAGAUAAAUUCAAAGAAAGAAUUGACAAGAUAUUAGAAAAAGAAAUUGGACUAUCAUAUUAUCAAGCAUCAAAAGAAAAGAUAGAAAGACAGAGUAAAUCAACUAAAGCAAUACCAGUGGUUUCACAACCUAAUGAAAUAGUUUUUCCUAACGAUGAAGAUGAAGAAUGGUGUUUCGAAGAUAACUCUGAGGUCGAAGGAGAUAUAUCUAAUAAUAAUCUAUAA